AUGUCGGAGGUGUACGUUCACGAGCCGCAGCCAACGGCUCGUGUUGUGAUUUCUACAACGAUGGGGCCCCUAGAUGUUGACUUAUGGGCAAGGGAGGCCCCUAUGACAGUAAGGAGUUUCUUACAGUUAUCUCUAGAGGGGUAUUAUAAUAAUACUAUCUUUCAUAGACUUAUACCAGGGUUUAUUAUACAAGGAGGUGACCCCACAGGCACAGGGAGGGGUGGCAGCAGCAUAUAUGACCGCUCAGCAGAAGAAACAGUUACUGGAGAAAACGAGGGGGAGGCAGAAGCAUCUCACUCGGAGGAGGGGGGCUCCCCAUGUUCCCAUCUUCAUCCUCCACAGCCCCUCGGGGGGCCCCCUAAAAAGGGUAGUAGUCCGUGGCAGAAGGCUGGUGGGGCCCCUGCUGCUGGUACGGGUGUGGGGGCCCCCAAAGUUGGGGCUCCCCCUUUAGGUUUAGAGUUGAAUUCGCGGCUUAAGUUUCGUUAUAGAGGAUUAAUGGGUGCAGCAACAUUAGAAGAAGAAGGAGGGGGACCCCCUCGUGUAGGUAGUCAGUUUUUCUUUACAUUAGGCAGGGCAGAUAGUCUUAAUGGCAGAUAUACUGUUAUGGGGAGGGUGGGGGGCCCCUCUUUAUUUAAUUUAUUACGUAUGGGGGAAUUACCGGUGGAUAAACAUGAUAGACCAGUGGACCCCCCUAAGAUUCUUAGUAUUCAAGUCCUGAGAACUUUCUUUGACGAUAUUCGGGUUAAGGAAGUGAUUUCAUGGGAGGAGGAAGAAGAAGAUGAAGAAGAAGAAAAAGAAGCGGAAGAAGAAGAGGAAAAACGACCACAACUUGCUGCUGCUAAUACAGCGCUGCUGUCAUUCGCAGAAGAUGAUGAUGAUUUACAAUUGACGUCGCAGCAGCAACAGCAGCAGCAGCAGAAGCGCAAGGGGCCCCUCAGUGCACACGAUCUGCUGGAGGACCCAAAACUCUCCAAGGAGGCCCCAAUAAAUGCGCAGAAGCAAACCUAUGAUCAGCAUAUGGAAGCAGCAGCACAACGCCUCAUGGAACGAGUUGCUGCUAUUGCUGCAGCAGGAAAAGGAACCCCAUCUCCUCCCCUUCCAGAGGUCGACGAUAGCAGCAGCAGCAACAACAGCAGGAACACCAGCAGGAGUAGCAGCAGGAGCAGCAGCAGAAGCAGGAGAAGUAGGAGCAGGAGCCGCAGCCGCAGCAAGCUCAACAGCAGGGGCAGCGACAUGAGGGAGAGCAGCAGCAGGGAGACGCGUAUGCGAGUCCCUCUGCCCCCUUCACGGAAGGACAUUGCAACUGCUGCUGCUGCACUUCCCGAUGCAGAUCUGCUAUCUGCUGCACAGCACCGGCGGCGGCUGAUGCUGCUGCAGCGGCAGUCAAAGAGCUCACAGCAGCGACAGGCAGAAACUCUCGAGAAGCUCAAGGCAUUCAGGCAAAAGCUUCAAACGUUACAGAAACCCUCGGGGAAGAACAAACUCAAAUCCAGCAGCAGUAGCAGCAGCAGCAGUAGCAGGAGCAGUAGCAGCAGCAAGGGUAAGUCCCGAGACAAGGCGCUGGAAGCAGCAAAGGCAGCAGCAGAGCGGGCUAUGGAGCCGGUGCGUGCGAGAGAGGCAGCAAUGGCCGAAGAAGCAGCAGCAGCAGAAGAAGAAGACGACACAGCAGAUUGGCUGCAAACCGGGGGUCUUUCUUUCCCUAUUGACAGUAACACAGCUUAUCAAUUUGAUGCAGCAAAAGAUAAUUUAGUUGUAAGUGACCCCUUGCGCGGCGGCAACAGUAGCAGGCUGCUGCAGGACCCGAAGCAAAAGCUACGUGACAAAGCAAUACCGUACGAUGCUCAAGGACCUCGAGAUCUCAAACCCUGGUGGUAG